AGGACCUAACAGUGCACCUAAGGCGUACAUGCGACCCAGUCGUGUAACAGUGGAUGAAGGAGAGACAGCAGUCUUACGUUGUGAGAUUUCUGGGGAAGAGCCAAUGCAGAUAAAGUGGCUUAAACUUGGCGGAAUACUACCUCGAACAGCUGUGGUGAAAAGAAAUUAUCUUGAAAUAAAGAAAACGACAAUACGAGAACGAGGGCGCUACAUUUGUACGGCGACAAAUAAAUAUGGUCAGGCAUCUGCUAUUGGUAGUCUUUUCGUAAAUAAAGGUAGGGAGGUGGAACUGUGUUAAAUACAGCAAUAUAAGUAGUUUAGUAACAUAAUAUUAGGUAACGAGUAACAUUUUAAAGAAACUAAUUUGCGUUAGUAAAUUCUGUGUGCUUUUAUUUUUUUCCAACCUUACCAUAUCAGGAAAUUUCAGAAGAAAAUGGCAUCGAAGUUGAUUGUCUGUAUAGGGUUAGCUGGUUAUGCGACUGCACAGAUAUUGUCAUAUACUCAAAUUAAGUAACCAAUUCAUCGCAGUCGAAUUAUAAGACUUGUUUUGUAUGUUGCUUAGGCGCAUUUUGAUAUUGUAACAGUCCUUAUUAGAGCCUGUGUAAAAAGUAAUCUGACAAGCAAUUACCUUUUAACAAGUAGUUUGUAAUUCGUCAUUAAUUAUACGUUUGAAGAAAAGUAAUUUGUAAUAAUUACCUUGUCGGAGAAGUAAUUGUAAUUUGUACUCAUUACUUUUCCUUGGUAAUUUUCGCAACAUUGGUCGUAGUCGAGUGUUAUGUUAAAUAUAAUAUCAUACAUAAAAGUAUUAGUCUUCUGUGAUUGGUUCAUUUCAGUGCAGUUUAUAAUCCCAAACAGCAGUGCAAGAAUCUGUAAUCACAGUGCAAUUUUCCGUAAUCACAGUAUAUAAUUUUCUGUAAUCGCUAUGAACCAAUCAAAAUUGAGCUAAAGUUUUGGCGGGAAAAAUUUUAAAGUAUUCUUUUUCAAAACAAACUUGGCCGCAUUUAGCGGUGCGGAAAGAUUCCCAUGCACACUUGGUCAAGUGAUGUCUCGAAUAGUUUUAUGUAAAUCGUGAGUUUUUCAAAGACCUCAAAUAGCACUCGUCCUUCAGACUUGUGGUCUUUAAAAAACUCACUCGUGCAUGUUAUAUCCAAAUUGCCCUCGAAACCAUGCUAUUAUCUGUACUAACAUUCUCCUCUUUAUAAUUAAAACUACCUUUCCCUAUUAAAAAUCACUUGUAUAUUUUCCGACUGUGUUUUUAGUUAAGUCAGUGUUACCAGAAGUGACGAUCAGACCCACACGCAAGGUUAUUUCCGUCAUGGAAGGCAAAACCCUCCAUCUUAUGUGUGAAAUUGCUGGCAAAGAUGAAGUGACGAGAGUGCAGUGGACACGACAGUCAAAGCAAGGGGUACUGAGUCACGAUUUUGAGCUGGAACUUGUGAAAAUUAAAAUUGGAGACACUGGCAUUUAUGAGUGUUCUGUCACGACAGAGAAAGGCGAAUCCAAGGCUUCUGUAUCGAUCGUUGUUCAAAGUAAGCUUUAUCUAUUUGUAUAGCGGCAAACAAGCAGGGCAUCGACGGCCAAACAUAGGCAGGGAAAAAAUUAGACGGCCAGAAAGAAUUUGACCGACGUUUUUGUAUUUUGCCCGACUUGUUCUAAUAAGUCUGAUACAGUCAUGUUUCAACAAAAAUGUUACAAGGUUGACGACACAAGGUUGUAACAAUAUUGUUACAUCAUGACUGUAUCGAACUUGUUGGAACAACCUUGCUGAUAAUGUCAACAAGGUUGUUACAAGUUAUGUUCGCACUGCUUGUCCCAAGUUGUCAACAAGAAUGAAACCACUUCCAUACUUGUUGACAACUUGGGACAAGCAGUGCGAACACAAGUUGUUGACGGACAAGUCUGAUAAUACCAACAACAUAGGCGUACCGGGCGGGGGGCGGGGUUGGGGCGGUAGCCCCCCCAGUUUGUUGGGCAGUCGGGCAAUAUUCGAUCAACAGUCGGGCAAUUUUGGUUUGCAAUAAAAAAAAAUGGGACAAAUUCUGUAAAUUUUGUCUAAAAUGAAGUAAAUUUGGUGGUCAAUUUUGGUUUUUUGGAAACUUUGUCUUACGUUCCGAAAAAUUUUGGUUUUUUGACCCCUUAAAUGGUACACUGACCAAAAUUUUAACUGUUAACAAGUUCUUCCAUAGUUGUUGACAACUUGGGACAAGCAGUGCGAACACAACUUGUUGACGGCUUGUUGGUAGACCAACCUCGUACUCAGGGCUACCUUCAACUCGCGGCUAGCCCUGGGUACGAGGUGGUUGGCAGACUUGCUGCAAGAGGUGAUAAUUUGCGCGUGUACGCUUAUGGAUUCAAAUAAUAAUCGCGCAAUUGUAUAUUGAAGAAAUCGAUUCCCGGCGUAUACACUAACCAUUUUACCACAAGCAUCAAUGAUUUUUAUUUUGUUCAGGAAAUGACAUUCUUCCCAAGGUCGAAGUGCGGCCAAGUCACGUGACGACCAGACCAGGCGACAGUGUAACAAUCGAGUGCAAUGUAUCAUCCACUCUUCCCGUGACUGUCACGUGGAGUAGAGCUGACGGCUCGCCUCUGAACAAGGACUAUUUAAUAAGAGAUGCAGUACUUUUAAUUCGUAAUGUAAAAAGGGGAGAUGAAGGGUCUUAUAUUUGUGUCGCCGAGAACGAUUUUGGUGCCAGCAAAGCUACGGUCGAACUUGGUGUAUCUGAACGAUAAAUGCAUGUAUAUUCAUAACGAGAGCGCAUAUAUAGAGAACAUUCUUAAAUACUAAUUGUGUAAACUAAUGUAAACUAAAGUAAACUAAAUUUAUACAGUAAUAUUAUAUCUAGCUUUAUUUAUACCGUAUAGGCUGUAGUUCUAUCAAUUUUAUAUUGUUUUUCCUAGAGAUCUAGUUGAGGUAAUUAAACUAGACUAACUUCAUUUAUACUGGAUACAGCUCCAUCAGCGCUAUAGAGCUGGUGGAGCUAUCCAGUAUAAAUACAGCUAACACUCAAAGAGAGUGGAGGUUCAAUCUGAGCUUCCCUUGAGUGCAUGUCAGUGGUGUUUUUGAAUAGCUGGAGGGUUAGUCUCGUACCUUACUAAGUGACUACUCACCCUCCAGCUAUUCAAGAUCAUUCAAAUAUAGCAUUGACACCCAAGGGAAGCUCAGAUCGAAUCUCCACUCUUUGAAUGAGAGUGUGCUUUUAGAAUAUAGGAGUUUAGAUUAGUCUAUAGUUGACUAUAUACUUUAUAUAGCUCUAUGGCUCUAAAACGAGUCCCCUGUCAGUUUUGUCUAUACUGUUCUCCAUACUUUCAUAGGGACAUCUUGCUAUUUGCCCAUAGUAAUUCCAGAGGACAGUGCUGUAAUUACCAUCGUUACACAAGUAACGAAAUUAUUACAAGUAAUCAUUACUUUUUUAAGUAACUGUAACGGUAACUAGUUACGUUUUGGAAAGAUGUGUCUGCAACUAUUUACAUUUUGAACGAUAUGGAACGAGAACGCGUUAGUACUUGCUAUGCAGUACUUGAUAUUGUGUUCAUACUAACUAUUUAUUAUAUAAAGUAUAGUGCUUUAUAGAGAUUUCGAGCACUGAUAAAAGUGAUAAUCUCACAUGUGAGAUUAUUCAUGUCUUCAUGA